CGCGAUGCCCCCGGGUUGAUGCAUUGACGCUUGAUAAGCCAAAUUUCGUGCCAAAGGCCAGGCCAAUAUUGGCCCGGCCCUGUUGCCGAGGCCACGUGAUAUUGUGGGUUCAAUUUGAACUUCCAACGUUCACGCUGGCCACCUACCACUGUACUUCAGAGUACUUAAUACUAGCCCUGGCGUACCUGCCGCCGCCGUUUGGCCUUUGCUCCUCACUGAGUUUUUCGGGAAAGGAAUUUCUGUCGGCUCACACCUAUCCUUCAGGCCAAGAUUACAGGCCGCUGAACAAUAUUCAGAUUUUUCGCUGACUAGGAAUUAUUAUGAACCACAGCAAUGCUGACCGUGCCACUCUGGCAAGCCUGCCAUUUCUUUGAGGUACGUUAACGAAGGACAUGAUCUCAUUUAUGAGUGGUCGGCUGGCGCCACAUCAAAAGAAUAACCAGGAGGCCUUCCAACUUGGCCGCGUCAAUGGCCAGACUGACCAGACUCGGACACAAUGCCAUAUCAUGGAGACAUGUUCUGCCCCUGUCAUUUGCCUAUAACACCUGCUAGCCAUGCGAUCCUUAUAAAAGACCAGGGAGGUAUGAUGAUACAGCUCUUUUCAAAGCUGGAUGUCCAAAUCUUUCAGCUAUACAGCAUAAUUGCAUUGCCCGUACGCUUGACCUACCCGAUGGCACCUCAGAAAAGGCGUUCUGGCCAGUCCUUUGGGGAAUCUUCAUCCUCAUCGAUUAAACGGAGCACUCCGCCCUCCUCACCUACGAAGCAACGUUCAACUGAACGUUUUACGCUACCGGAUGGAUCAACAGCACAUCGUGUUCCAGCCCCAUCCCCAUCCCCAUCCCCAUCUCAUUCAUGCCAUCACACAAUUCUGUUUUAUGAUAAUGGCAAUCCUGGCGUCUCGGUCAAGAAUGUCUUGAAUGGUGAAUGUGUUCAAGACAAUCCAGAACUUGAUUUUAAGGCUGGGUUCCUCAAAAUAGUCUUCCAGUGGCCUGGUUAUGAUUCUUCGGAUGUUCAUACCUCCAGACACAUUACAGUCAAUCCGAAUACCAGACAGGAACUCGCAGUUGCACUAUGCACUGCGUUGCAUAAUUUUUACUUAUCUGUAUCAAAAAUAUCACCUUCGGUCGAAUUUGGCCCUUGGGCCCUCUGUUCACGAGUCCGCUUACGAAAUAUCAUGCUCAUGUCCUUACAUUCCAACGCUGGUAUGUGGUUUCCGGAGUUUUAUGUACUCCGGAGGUAGUAGUAUUGUUGGAUUCGUCGAGUCGAAUUCACGCUUAUAACACAUAAUACAUGUAUAAGUAAUGCAGCAGGACACAUGACAUACACCUGUAUGCAGUGACGAUUAAUAUGAGAAAAUGCACAAAGGACUUUCCUGCCGCGUUUGCAGGUUAGAGAGUCAAAGUCCCUCCACUCUCGAACCUGGACUCGUGACCAGCCGUCUAAGGCAAACCAUCGAUAAAUGCAGACGG